AUGAACAAACGGCUAUUCCUUCUCGGCCUCCUCGCCUGCCUCGGCGAUGCGUUUGCCCUCCAGCCGGACAAACUCGCCAACGGCCUGCCGACGACGUACUGCUUCACUUACCUUUCGACUUUUCUCGAGCUGGGUCCUCUACCGACAGGCGUCCAGCCCCCCGGCUCCACCGUGACUGUGAUCGGAGGCACCACCGUCACCAUCCCUGGCGGCACAGUCUCGAUCCCCGGCGCCACCGUGACCGUGAUUGGAGGCACCACCGUCACCAUCCCGGGCAGCACGAUCUCGACGAUCCCCAGCGUGACCACCGCGACGAGCAUUUCACUCUCCGCGGCCUCUUCCACCACCUCUAGCGUCUCCACCACCGCCCCCGUAGCCCGACCCGUCAUCUUCUUCGUCUCCCCCCAGGUCGGCGGCGCCAAGCGAGACCUCCAGAAGCGAGAUCUCGGUGGUUUCGUAAACCACGACGUCGGCAUCAACCGUGAGAGCUGCAACGCCGCUACAGUCUUCUACUUCUUCCAAGACCAGCUCCUCGACGCCGGCAACCCCAUCUUCUACAAUCCGGGCGAGACCUUCAAGCCGCUCCGCAACGCCGGCGUCGCCCCUAGCACUGCCUUCACCAAAACCUUCGUCAACGUCGGCGGCGUUCUCCGCUUCAUUAACUCGGGUAUCCCCGGCGGCCAGGCCACCUUCUGUCAGGACCCCACCGGCCAGGUCUUCAUCACCUUUAACGGGAGGCCCGCUGGCUGCCAGACUGUCCUGCUAUACGCCUAUGGAUUGCGUCAACGGCCAGAUUGUUGGUGGCACGCUUCCCACGGGUCCGAUAACGACGUCCUCAUCCACUUCCACGUCAUCCCGUUUGCCCACGACUUCUGGCUUGCCCACGUCAACUAG